UUUGGUGCUCAAUGAACUCAAACACAGAUGUGUGUCAGAAUCCUCCAUAUGUUUAUAACAGUGCAUCAAACACCAAAUCAGACUUUGAGUUCACUGGAGACGACAAAUCAGACUGUACUUUAUUAAUCCACAAUGUACAGUUUAAUUAUUCUGGAGAAUAUAAAUUCAGAUUUAUAACUGAUGUGACUGGUGGCAGAUGGACAGGAGACCCUGGAGUUACUCUACAAGUUACAGAUUUAAAGGUGUCACUAAUCAGACUCAGUGGAAACGGAACCUUUAAACCAGGAGACUCGUUAAAUCUGACGUGUGAUGUGACCUGCACACAAAGUUCCUCACAGUUUGUGUGGUCUAAGAACAACGAGCUCUUACCUGAUGCAGGAGCCGUUCUUCACUUUCCUGAUCUGACCCUGAGGGAUUCUGGGAAUUACACCUGCACUUGGAAAACCAACACGACAUCAGGAUCUAAAACCAUCAGCCUUCAGGUCGAGGAUGUUCUCACUCAGGACAGUGACUGGGGAGUGAAAUAUGCUGAUAAUCAGAUCUGUGCUGUGAGAGGAUUCAGUGUCUCCAUUCCCUGUAGUUAUUAUUAUCCAACAUCAAAUCCCAUUCAGGUGACACAAAAGCUUUGGUGCUCAAUGAACUCAAACACAGAUAAGUGUCAUGACCCUCCAUAUGUUUAUAACAGUUCAUCAAACACCAAAUCAGACUUUGAGUUCACUGGAGACAACAAAUCAGACUGUACUUUAUUAAUCCACAAUGUACAGUUUAAUUAUUCUGGAGUCUAUAAAUUCAGAUUUAUAACUGAUGUGACUGGUGGCAGAUGGACAGGAGACCCUGGAGUUACUCUACAAGUUACAGAUUUAAAGGUGUCACUAAUCAGACUCAGUGGAAACGGAACCUUUAAACCAGGAGACUCGUUAAAUCUGACGUGUGAUGUGACCUGCACACAAAGUUCCUCACAGUUUGUGUGGUCUAAGAACAACGAGCUCUUACCUGAAUCAGGAGCCGUUCUUCACUUUCCUGCUCUGACCCUGAGGGAUUCUGGGAAUUACACCUGCACUUGGAAAACCAGCACGACAUCAGGAUCUAAAACCAUCAGCCUUCAGGUCGAGGGCCGUUGGUCAGUCUGGAUGAUUGUUUUACUGACAGCUGGACUGAUUCUCCUCGUCUUCACUGUUCCAGCUGUGAUUUACUACAGGAGGAGGAAACUUAAAGCCCCAGAAGAAAACAAAAGUGGAGAGAAAACACAGAAAAAGCAACAGUUCAACAGAGUUUCUGAUGAAGAAAUUGUAAACACAGAGGAAGUGACUUAUGCAUCUGUCCAAAUAAACAAAGCAACAACCAAAAGGCGUGUCCACGCUGAGCCGCAGGAGCAGGACGAUUCUGUAAUCUACAGCACUGUGAAAAAAGCCUGA